AUGUACAUCAAGACGCUCACCAUCCAGGGCUUCAAGUCGUAUCGCGACCAGACCGCCGUCGAGCCCUUUUCGCCGCACCACAAUGUCGUCGUCGGUCGCAAUGGCUCGGGCAAGUCCAACUUCUUCUCCGCCAUCCGCUUUGUGCUUUCGGACGCCUACACGUCCAUGUCGCGCGAGGAGCGCCAGUCGCUCCUCCACGACAGCUCCAGCUCCACCUCGGCCACGCUCUCGGCGUUUGUAGAGAUCGUCUUCGACAACUCCGACAAUCGCUUCCCCACCAACGGCACCGAGGUCGUGCUGCGCAGGACCAUCGGCCUCAAAAAGGACGAGUACAGCAUCGAUCGCAAGUCGGCCUCCAAGGCGGACGUCGCCAACCUCCUCGAGUCCGCCGGCUUCUCGCGCAGCAAUCCGUACUACAUCGUGCCUCAGGGCAGGAUCACUCACCUCACCAAUGCCAAGGACCACGAACGCCUCGGCCUGCUCAAAGAGGUCGCAGGAACGCGCGUCUACGAACAGCGCCGCGCAGAGUCGAUCAAGAUCAUGGAGGACACCACCGCCAAGCGCUCCAAGAUCGACGACCUGCUCGAGUACAUCGAAAACCGCCUGCGCGAGCUCGACGACGAAAAGGAGGAGCUGCGCGAGUACUACGAGCGCGACCGCGAGCGCAGGUGCAUCGAGUACAGCCUCCACCAGCGCGAGCUCACCGAAUGCGCAGAGCUGCUCGACAAGCUCGAGGACGAGCGCAGACGCGACCUCGACGCGUCCAACGUGCGCAGGGCCGAGUUCAACGAGCGCGAGAAGCGCCUCGCGCGCCUCGAGGCCGAGCUCGCCGCCACGGGCCAGUCGAUCGAGCAGCGCACGCUCGAAAAGACGCAGCUCGAGCUCGAGCGCAGAGACGUCGCAAAGCACCUCGCACAGAUCGAGUCGCUCGUCGAGGAGCUCGAGGAGGUGGGCGAGAAGCGCGCCGACCGCCGCACCGCCCUCGAAGCCCAACUCGCCCGAAUCCGCGCCGAGAUCCAGUCCAAGCAAUCGCAGCUCGACCAGCUCCAGCCCACGCUCGCCGGCGUGCAAUCCGAGGCAGAGCAGCUGCGUGCGGCGCUCCAGGACACAACGGCGCGCGUCUCGGCGCUCUACUCCAAGCAGGGCCGCUCGGCGCAGUUCCGCACGCAGCAAGAGCGCGACGAAUACCUGCGCACCCAGAUGGCCGAGCUCGACCACUUCCUGCGCUCGCAGCAGACGCGCAUCGACGACACCGCACGCGAGCGCACCCAGGCCACCGAGCGCCGCACCGCCGCACUGCGCAAGGUGACCGAGAUCGAGGAAAAUCUCGAGAGCCGCAAGGAUACGGUGCAGCAGCUCGCCACCGAGUACGCCGCCAAGCGCGACCGCCGCGAUGAGCUCUCGGAGCUGCGCAAGGACCUGUGGAAGGAGGAGGAGUCGCUGCGCUCGUCGCUCGCGUUUGCGGCCAACGAGCUCUCCAACGCGCAGCGCAAGCUCGUCGGCAUGAUGGACAAGGCCACCGUCCAGGGUCUCUCGGCGGUGGACAAGAUCGCGGCGAGCCUCGGCCUGCAGGACAACGUCAAGGGUCCCGUGUACCAGCUGUUUACGGUCGACGACAAGUACAAGACCGCCGUCGAGGUGGUGGCGGGCGCGUCGCUCUUCCACGUGGUGGUGGAUACGGACGAGACGGCGAGCAAGCUGCUCGAGGUGAUGAACCGCGAGAAGAGCGGGCGCGUGACGUUUAUGCCGCUCAACCGGCUGCAUCCCAAGGAGACCGACUUCCCGGCCACGCAGGAUGCCAUCCUGAUGGUCAAGAAGAUGCACUUCGAGCGUGCGCUCGCACCGGCGAUGCAGCAGAUCUUUGGCAGGAGCAUCAUCUGCCCCAACCUCGAGAUCGCUGCGGCGUACGUGCGCAGCCACGGCGUCAACGCCGUGACGCUCGAUGGCGACAAGGUGGAGCGCAAGGGUGCGCUUUCGGGAGGCUACCAGGAUCCGCGGCGCAGCCGGCUGGAUGCGGUCAACGACGUGCGCAAGUGGAAGGCGCAGAGCGAGGCGGACACGGCCAAGCAGGCCGAGGUGCAGCGCAGGCUGGGCGAGAUCGAGCAGGAGAUCACCGCGCUCAUGAGCGACAUGUAUGCGCUCCAGCAUCGGCGCGACGAGGCGCGCAACUCGCGCGCGCCGCUCACCGAGGAGCUGCAGUGGGCCCGCACCGAGGCCGACAACCUCGCACAGCGGCUGCAGAGCAUCGAGCGGCGCGAGGCGGACCAGACACUCGAGCUCAAGGCGGCGCAGACCAAGCGCGCGGCGCUGGAAGAGGAGGUGCGCACUCCCAUGUCCGCCGGGUUGACGCCACAGGAGUCGGCGCAGCUCGAGACGCUGCAUGCGCAGGAGGACGCGCAGAAGCGUGCGCUGGCGGACAAGACCACCGCGCUCGCCGAGCUCAGCCAGCGACGCUCGAUGCUCGAGAUCGACCUGUACGAGAACCUGCGUCGGCGCCACGACGAGCUGGGUGCGCAGCUCGAGGCGCUCGGCGAGUCGCUCGGCGGCGACGACGCCGGCGCCGUGUCUGGCCAGGACGUAUCGGCACGUCGGCGCGAGAUCGACGCGCUUCGACGCAGGAUCUCGGAGCGCGAGAAGCGGAUCAAAUCGGUCGAGGCCGAACUGGACCGACUCACGCAAUCGAUCCAAGACACGCAGGCGGGAUACGACAAGACGAAGGCAGAGCAGGCGGAGGAUGCACGCAGCAUCGCGCGGCAGCAGAAGAACGUGGAGCGGUACCUGAGCAAGCGGUCGCGGCUGGUGGAGCAGCGGGAUCGGUGCAACCAGGACAUCCGCGACCUGGGCGUGCUGCCGGAGGAGGCGUUCGAAAAGUACACCAACACGAGCUCGGACCGGCUGCUCAAGGCGCUGCACAAGGUCAACGAGGCGCUCAAGAAGUUCUCGCACGUCAACAAGAAGGCGGUGGAGCAGUACAACUCGUUCACCAAGCAGCGCGACCAGCUGCUCGAGCGCCGCGCCGAGCUCGAGCAGAGCGCCGAGAGCAUCCAGGAGCUCAUCGACGUGCUCGACCAGCGCAAGGACGAGGCGAUCGAGCGCACGUUCAAGCAGGUGAGCAAGUACUUUGAAGAGGUCUUUGAAAAGCUCGUCCCCGCCGGACGCGGGCGGCUCAUCAUGCAGCGUCGCGCCGACCUCACCACCGGCGGCGCUGCCGAGGGCGACAGCGACGACGAGCCGAGCGCGGGCCAGGUGGAGAACUACACGGGUGUGGCGAUCAAGGUCUCGUUCAACUCGAAGCACGACGAAGGCCUGCGGAUCCAGCAGCUUUCGGGCGGGCAAAAGUCGCUCGUGGCGCUGGCGACGGUGUUUGCCAUCCAAAAGUGCGAUCCGGCGCCGUUCUACCUGUUUGACGAGAUCGACGCCAAUCUGGAUGCGCUGUAUCGCACGGCGGUGGCCAACAUGAUCCGCGAGCUGGCGCACAAUGCGCAGUUCAUCACCACCACCUUCCGGCCCGAGAUGGUGCAGGUGGCGAGCAAGCACUACGGCGUGCUCUUCGACGCCAACAAGGUGAGCAGCAUCCGCAGCAUCAGCCGCGAUGAGGCCAACGAGUUUGUCGAGGCCGCGGCGACUACCGAGCCUGUGCGCUAG